AGUACCCUAUAUAGUUCAUUCGGGACGGACUUUAGCGCGUUAAUGUUAAUGAGAGUAGCCUAAUGUCUGUUCGAUUUGUUUUGGGUCACUGAGUAAUGUUAGUGUGUUUACUGUGAAGCUCUAUCGAUGGGUGUUUUGAAAGUUUACCUUGUUGCAGGUAUACAUAUUUCCCAUUAGAAGUUGUCUAAACAUUUUUGAGCGAACUGUAUUGCCAUAUGCGCAUUACAUUAUUUGCGAAAAUGACUGGUUUUUACAACAAUAUCCCACAUCCGUGCGAGGGAGAUAUUACAUAUAUUCCCUUGAAUUAUGACCAUUUCUCCUUUUAGGCUACUGUAUUUUACUGGAUCAGGUCUCCAUGCGUUCAAUAGCUGUUGAUACAAAGUAUCCUGUGCGUAAAGCUUUGAGGAUAGACAUAUGGCUACUGUAUUCUACAUCUGGAAUUCAUUCUCCAGUCGCUGUAAGCUACUCUGUAGAAUGGUUUCAUUUUGAAACAGCAAAUAACACGUUACUUAUUUUCAUGCAUACUGUAAUAGUGAAUAUAUUAAUAUCUGCAGCAGUACACCGGUCUUUGGCAGUAGGCUGUAGGGAAAAUAUUCGAUUUUAGUCUCUGCAGUCAAGAAUGUUGAUGUGCGGUGAUUGUCGUGUACAGAUGGCUGGCUUCACUGCAGGCGCGUGCCACUGUCAAAAACAUUGGCGCCUGUUCUGAUUGGAGUUUGGAAUGAACACUGCUGGAGGCCUACAAAUAUUGAUGUAGCCUAAAUUAUUACUGUUUUACAAAUGGUAUACUGGUGUAGCCUAUUUGAUCUCAAGGUUAUGUUGGUUAUGUUUUGCACUUUGAGUGUUGGACAUCUUAUCUUUUAUUACAUUUUUCCCCCCACAUCACUCUGGAUCAACUUGAAUGCAAUUCUGGAUGGGACCUGGAUGUGCUGUAUGAAUUAUCAUGGGUGAAUCGUCAUGACGACAGAACCAAAUUCAGAGUCCAACGCGGACCAGCAGGAGGCCAGUGCGGUUCCACUCCUGGAGGCGGACUCUUUCCCCCCGGCCGCCGCCCACAGCACGCCUGUCAGGAAGAAGCAGAACGGUGAGAGAGCGGAGGGAGGCGUGGUCCCACAGGAGAAUCAGCUUGAGCCAUCGCAGGUGGAGGAGGACAGGACCUCACACAGGUCGUCCACCAGUAAGCUGUCCAGGUCCCCCGGUGGAGGCCGGAGCGUCCGCAGCUACAAGACCAUGCAGUGCAAGGUCACCCUGCUUGAUGGCUCCGACUACACCUGUGUGGUGGAGAAACGGGAGAGAGGCCAUGUGUUAUUCCACAAAGUUUGUGAGCAGCUUAACCUCCUGGAAAAGGACUACUUUGGCAUCACAUUCCGGGAUAUCGAAAACCAAAAGAACUGGUUAGACCCAUCUAAGGAGAUGAAGAAACAGAUCAGAGGUGCGUGGAAUAUGGGAGUUGCCUGGAACUUUUCAUUCAACGUGAAGUUUUACCCUCCAGACCCUGCCCAGCUAUCUGAGGAUAUUACAAGAUAUUACCUGUGCCUCCAGUUGAGAGAUGACGUGGUGUCGGGGCGUCUGCCCUGCUCCUUUGCCACCCACACGGUCCUGGGAUCCUACACGGUCCAAUCAGAGCUGGGGGACUACGACCCAGAGGAGUCUGGGACAGACUACGUCAGCGAGUUCCGUUUUGCCCCCAACCAGACCAAGGAGCUGGAGGAGAAGGUCAUGGACCUGCACAAGAACUACAAAGGAAUGAUGCCAGCUGAGGCUGAGAUGCACUUCCUCGAGAACGUGAAGAAGCUGUCCAUGUACGGAGUGGACCUUCACCAUGCCAAGUUGGUAGGAAGCCUGUUUGAGUGCUUGUCUCCAGCUAAGGGCGAGGAUUCCGAGGGUGUUGAGAUCAUGUUGGGCGUGUGCUCCAGUGGUCUUCUGAUCUACCGCGAUCGCUUGCGCAUCAACAGGUUCGCCUGGCCCAAGGUUCUCAAGAUCUCCUACAAAAGGAAUAAUUUCUACAUCAAAAUACGCCCUGGAGAGUUUGAGCAGUUUGAAAGUACAAUUGGGUUCAAGCUCCCCAACCAUAGGGCGGCCAAGAGAUUAUGGAAGGUUUGCGUGGAGCACCACACCUUUUUCAGGUUGGUGUCUCCAGAAAAUCCCCCCAAGAAGUUCCUAAACCUGGGCUCUAAGUUCCGCUACAGCGGGAGAACCCAGGCCCAGACUCGACGAGCAAGCUCCCAGAUCGUCCGCCCGGCGCCCUGCUUUGAGCGCUCCACCAGCAAGCGCUACAUCAUGUCUCGCAGCCUGGACGGAGCUCCGCAGAGUACACCCAAAAGGAGUACACCCAAUAGGAGUUCACCCAAAAGGAGUUCACCCCAAAAAACUGUAUCACCGAGAAUUAAACCACCUGCUAGUUUAAACGGCACUAAACCAACAGAGAUGGGCUCGGAUCUAUACGGAAGGGCGAAGGGCAUUGCCGUGAGUGACCUCAUCACCACGGUGACACCGGAGAAAAAGGUGGAGGAGAGGAAGGCGGAGGAAGAGAUGGAAGUAGAGGUGCAGGUGGAGGUGGAGGAGGAAGACGAGACCACGAAAGCCACCGAGAUGUCUCAGCCAAGUCCAACCUCUCCCAUUCGACAUGAUAAGACGGAACUGUCUGACACUUGUGUAGAUGGUGAACUGACAGCUACUGAGUCGGACCAAGACGACGAGUCUGAGUUAAAGACACAGGACACAGUGGGCACGCCAGAGGAGCUGUUGAAACACGCGACCAACAUCAGCGAGCUCAAGAGGUCGUUCCUGGAGACGGGCGCCGACACGGCCGGCCUCACCGAGUGGGAGAAGAGGCUGUCCUCGUCCCCCCUGCGCUCGCUGCGUCUCGACGAAGCCCCUAUGAUCGAACCACUGGAGCUUGAUGAAGUACCGAGCAAAGAGGAUGAGAGAGAGGAUGAGAGAGCCAUGGCUGCAGGCGGUAGCAUUGAGGAGGAGAUCAACCACAGCCCUGUGGAUACUAAGACUACUGUGGAUUCUGACGGGUGGGUAAUAGUAAGUAAAGUCCCUCCUAAGGUAACCGAAAAGAAAAACAUUGUCAACUAUAAAGUUAUGACCGUCACUAACACUGUGGCCGAAGGAGCGCUCGCCGGCACCAGUGGUGGCAUAGUCGGCAAGGAGUUGAAAGCGUACGAGAGCUUCCGCAGCGAACUCCCCUCCAAAACCGAGGAGAUGAGAGAGAAGAACUAUACCCUGGGCAAGUCCUACGACACCAUGUCAGGCAAGAUUGUGACAAUGACAAAGCGGGCCAAAGAUGGUGGGGAGGCGGUGGCGGCUGCUCCGGCAGCGUUUGCCAGGGAGCUGAAGAGGGCAGCAGACCAAUCCACCACCACAGUGAAGAUCAUCCCGGUGUCGACUGAGUACGAGAUGCCGGUGUCUGUCCACAUGGGUCUCCCGCCCCAGGAGGGAAUCGGACCCCCUAUGAUUACCAUCAAGGAGGCCAGGACGCCCUCUCCAUCCGAGCCCAGCGACGGUGCCCUGGGCCUGGGCGCCGUGCGGACCGUGGUGUCCAUCCGCUCCAGCCAGGACAUCAGUGAUGCCGCGAGAGCGGACAGCAGGAGGCAGCUGAGGGAGAAUUUUCUCCUGGGAGACAGGAGCACCACCCCCGUUGCGCCUCACACACCUCUCUCGCCGCGCUCCCCCAUGGCCAAGUCACCUAUGGCAAAGUCUCCCAUGACAAUGCCCAAGCCUCCAAUGGCGGAUCUGCGUCUGAGCCCCGGCCCCGUGUCCUAUCUAUCCAGAACCCCAUCGCCCUCCAAAGUGCCUAAGCCGACCUUUGAGGAGAUGUCCCCGGAGCUCACCGCUCUCUUACAGUCAGCCCGAUAUCAGACCAGCACGCUGGGUUGGACUGCCUCGCCUGCCCAUAGUCAGGCCCUGCUCAAGACAACAGAGAAGGUGGAGCGGAUCGUGCUGCAGACAGAGGUGGUAUCAUCCCAGCAAACAGAAGAGGUUGAGGAUCAGCCGAAAGAACAGUCGACAGAGGACCAGGAGCAGCCGGUGGAGAAACAGCCUGACGACAUGGAGAAACAAGCUGGUCAGCAGCCUGAGCAGACAUCUGUGCUGGAGUCUCCAGAGGUCCUGACCUUCAACAGGGCAGACGUGAUGGAGGAGACAGAGAUGCUGGUGACCCAGGAGGUACCUGUAAUACACACGGAAAUGAAAACCAUCACAUACCGGUCACUGGAGGGUGACGCUGACAUUGAUCCAGAGGCGGGGGUGUUGAUGAGCGCCCAGACCAUCACCUCAGAGACCAGCAGCACCACCACAACCACACAUAUCACCAAGACUGUGAAAGGAGGCAUCUCGGAAACGAGGAUCGAGAAGAGAAUCGUCAUCUCGGGGGAUGCAGACAUUGACCAUGACGAGGCCCUGGCUCAGGCCAUAAAAGAGGCCAAAGAGCAGCACCCUGACAUGUCAGUGACCAAAGUAGUGGUCCACAAAGAGACUGAGAUCACGCCCGAGGAGGGCGAAGAGUGACCGCAGGAUUGAAGGAUCACUGGGUUCACCGACGUUUCAGGGGAAUUCUGUUAACGUUACUUCACACUUCAGAGUAUGAGAUGCAAGCAGGAUAGUGACGUUGCCAACAGACAACACACCACUGUAGAGGACACUACUACUACUCCGUCUGACUACUACCGGACUAACCUAACCCACACUCACCAACACUACUGGCAAACACAGACCUCCAAAGCUGGCCAGCCCUUCAUUGGAACAUGUAUACUGCAUGAAAAGGGAUCAUUUCUGCAUUUUGUAAAGGAGAAAACAAAUACAUUGGAGGAAAUAUCAAAAUAUAUACAUGUUUUACUUGACCUGUGCACUCAAGCUCGAAGGGAGAAGAAUGUAUGUCAUGACAGUUUUGAGUUUUACGAUAGUAUAUUCUGUUUUAUUUAUUAUCGAACUACAAUAAUAGUAGCUAAGCUGAACGUGUAUGAUGGCACAAUAUUUAUCCAUGCAAUAGAUGUGACAUUCAUCUUGCCAUACGUCCCCUUAUUUAUCCCAAUGCUGAUUUUAUUCAAUUUUACAUACAGUAUUGCCUGGGAAAGGCAAAAAUAAUAUGUAUGGUAUUUGCUUAGUAGACCAUAUACCCUCAAAGAUGAUUUUGUUUUUACUUUAAUUGUAAAUAUGUUCAUUUGGAUUUCCUUCAAUUACAAAGUAAAGAUGAGUAUAAUGAGGCAAAAUCUCGUAGAAUUGUUUUAGAAGGGAAUGUUAAACAGACUCCAUUACUGUGACUUCAGAGUUGAUCAAGAAAACCCUUAUAAUAUAUGUCUUCACAUGGUGGUCGGUGGAUUGAACGUUCUUGUUGGGUUGUAUCUGAAAUGACACCCUAUUACCUAUAUAGUGGGCUUUGGUCAAAAGCAGUGCACUAUAUAGAGAAUAGAGUGCCAUUUUAGACAGUCUUGCUCAUUCUUAAAUCAUACCCAGAAUGCACCUCUCAUCCAUGUGUGGCACAUCCAAGCCUUAAAACUGAAGAAAGGACAGACAACCUCCAGUACAACCCUGCAAUGUGUGUUUGAUUUCUCCAAGGCCGAUGUGUCAGCGGCCAUCCAACACAGGGGUAUCAUGCUCAUUGAACCUGAGGUGACAUGCUCCCCUCAAUGUAAACAACUGGGAUGAGAAUGAAUCAUUAGUAGUGUCUUAUAUAAAAUAAAAACUAAGACAUAUGUUUGGUCAUCGGUCCCCCCUCAGAGAUAUUAAGAGCAUGAUGCCUCUGAUCCCACUCCUUCGACUCAUCAGCUGCAAAAUCAUCCAUGUUGAAUGUGUUUCCCACAAGAUAAAUAAAAUGAUAAAUACA